AUUUGCCCAAGACAUCUGCCUCAACAUAAAUAGUAAUGUUCUCAAAUGUGCUUCAUAGUCUGCAUCAACAGGCUACAUUUUACAGCAUCCUUGAUUGGAAGAUCCAAAAGCACUGUACAAGUGCUAAUUCUGACACUAUUUUCAAAAGACAGUGAAAAAAGGAAGGCUGGAUAAAAUGACUGAUGCAUCCAAAACCUAUGUGGUUUUAAAAGUCCAAAAUUUGAAAAGCACUACAAUUGAUAGACGAGGAAGUGACCCUUGCUGGGAACAAGACUUCAUGUUUGAAAUCUGUGCUGAUGGAAAGGGCUUCCUUGUAGAGCUGUGGAAGAAAGGCUUGCUCUGGGAUAGCAUUUUGGGAAUUUUAUGGAUUCCCCUUGCAACUGUGGAAUAUGCAACAGAUGAAGGCCCAGGUUCCUGGUGGACAUUGCAUUCUGAAGUAAUAAAACAUGGAAGUGAGAUUCAAGGCACGAAAACACCAACUUCACAUGAGAUCUUACUAGAUGUCUACUUUGCAUUACCAUUUGAUACCCACCAAGACUUAGAUUGCAGAGCCUGGCACAGAGAGCCGCCCCUCCAAAGCACAAGAACUUCACAUCAAGAUACAGUUGAUAUUUGGUCACCCAUGGAAAGUGGUCUCAGCACAAAAGAGAGCAAACCAAGGAGAAAUACAUUCCAGGGUGAUGGAGGCAAUUUUGCAAAAGCACGAUGGGCCAGGGCUAUUCAGAAGAGCAACAAUAGUUUAUAUGGAUAUGGUCCCCACUGAUGAUGAUCCUGUUGGAGAUACAAAUACUUGUCUGGAUCAAAAAUGGUGUUUUGUGGAAACAGC